AUGUUAGGACGUUCUGGGCCUUGGGUUGCAUGUAUUAGUAAUCCACGGCUGUCAUUGGCUGGGAUUGUGUUAGGUUACUGGGACACAAGAGCUCCAGGGCUCUCUCACACCAUCCCACAGCUGGUAGUAGAGGGGACGAGGCGACGAACCAAUCCAUACCCCAAAAGAUUGCAGACCAUCCUUAACUACGCUGCGUCUUGCAAGGCAAACGAAGCUACGAGGAACCAAAGAAUACGUCGUUGUUCAGGAGCAGCAGUAGCAGCCUCCGGCACCCCCACCUUUGGUGUACAUCAUCGGACUGCCCUUGUUGCAUGCCAGGUCAUCGCUAACAAUGCCUUCGACACUGGAUGUUUCACCCUGGACGGAGAUGGUCUACAGCGUUUGAAUAUCCCUCCUGAUGGAAUUCUCACAGGCGGAAAAUACUAUCUUAUCCUUGGGGAGGGUCCCAGCCUAUAUCCCAUUAUGCCUAGCUUUCUAGACUGGGAGUUCGCCUAUGGUCGCAUUCCAGAACCCUGGAACCAGGCUCCCGUUACAGCCUCUUCUACCACAUCUGACUGUGCCGUUACAAAUUAUUCACUCUGCACUGAGCAAGCCCACAUUGUUCCAAGGGAAGAGGAAACCUGUCCCAAAAACUGCCGGCACUGA